AUGGAGGGGAGGGCUGGGGGCGGAUGGCUUCGCCAGGCGUUGCGCCGAGCACGCGAAACUCAACUGUGGGCUAAAGGCCGAUGGGCGACAUCGGCAUUAAGAUGUGCUGGGGUGAAUUCGUGGUUGUUGAAACUGUUCUGGGAUCGCCAUUCACGGCGGCUUUUCCCGUCUUUUGCCCCCAGCCAGGUUGAAUGCCGCUGGGACAUGACAUGGAGCGAGUGUGGAACUCGACAGACAGGAACCAAUUGGCCCCUUUGGACCCCAAGAGGCAGAAUUGAAGACAAGGACGUUUGGCCAACGUCAUGCCGGUUGCGGGGCUCUCGCCGUCAGCACUUACUUUUGAUGAAGCAUCUAUGGCUCAGGUCCCGUCCGCACAGAUCCCCACUGGGGCCGUGUUUGGUCUCACUUCCGACGGGUCUUUGUUGCCUCGUUGGCCGGCGGGGGGUUCGUCCGCAUGCCAUUGAACGCGACGAGCGGACUACGGGAUAA